CAGCGGUAGAUACCAGCGGUCUCUGAAGCAUUUUUCCCAUCUGAGUUACCUUGCUCAAACGCAACCUAACAAAGUCACCGAAAAACCACUCUCUCAAGCUCUUCCUUCCUCGUUCUCUCCCUCACUCUCGGUGUCUUCCUUCCAAAGCCGUCACUGCUGCACCUCCCUUCCUUAUUAUUUCAAAUUACAUCAGUGGAUUCCAAGGAGGAGUUUCACUUCUUAACCUUAGAGGUUGGGGGUGGGACAGAAGUUCAACAACGAAACAAGUGAAAAGGAUUUUUUGGUUUGGUGGGAGGGUAAGGUUCCCUCUUGUUGAUGGGGAAUCUAAGAAGUCGUUAAAGGAGUUCUAAAGAAUUUGUGAAGUGGGGCAAGAAGAACUGAAGGUUCAAAAGAUCUAAUCGUUGCAGCUGGAAGCCAGUUUACGGGUUGAUAAUCAACACUCCGCUUCCAUCCUUCUAUAUUUCCUAACUUUAUCAACCUCAUCCUUGGGGAACUCGAGGAUGUUGUUUAGGUGAAGAAAAAAUGUUUGAUAGAAACUUACCCUCAUCUUGGGAGCAAGGUUUUCUGAAGAGGGGACUGGGGCAUGUCUAUGGAAACCUUCAGUCGUAGGCAGCCCAAAAAUAACAAGGGUGGGCGAUGCAAUUAUGUAAGAAAUUAGGGUUUUUGAAGUGGAGAAGGUUUGUCAUGGUCAAAGUUUCAGAUUGAGAAGCAGUUAGGCGGAUGAAGGCAAGAUCAGGGCAAGGAGACUGGGACCUGGGUUCAAACGGGAAUAGAGGCCCCAUUUGGUUACACAGAUAAGAUGAGAUGAGAUUUUUUUUAAAGUUGAAUAAAAUAUUGUUAUAAUAUAAUUUUUUAAUGUUAGUUUUGUUUUUGGAUUUGAAAAAGUUGAAUUGUUAAUUAUAUUUUGUGUAGGAAUUUGUGAAAGUUGUAAUGAUGAGAUGAGAUGUUUUGGGUAAUCAAACGGGGCCUAAAGCUCUGUAAAAAAUGAAGAGGAGUUGAUAUAAAAAGAAGCAAGUGGACGGUGAAGAUGCAAGAUACAUUAGGCCAAAAACAUGUGUGGUACAUGACAUUAAAUGGAGAUCAGCUAAAGUCAACGACACUUGAAUUUCAACUAGCUGGAGAUGUCCUUGUUGAAGCAUCUUUGGGGUGAUUUGGAGAUUCAACUUAAAGAAUCAAUGUUUUAUCAUUCUGCAUCUUUAUCAGAAAUCUUCAGUUACACAGCUUGCAGACAGUUAUCUCAGAUGUUCCUUGCAAUAAUCUUCUUUCACAGUUCUGAAUACGUUUUAGCUGCUGCGAUCCAUGGGAGAGCAAGUGUUACUCUUAAGUCUCUUCUGAUUAGCAAAAACUAUAUUUUAGCAAUGUUCAUUUCAUUUGUGGAGUACUUAAUUGAAAUCAUAUUCUUUCCUGGGCUGAAAGAACACUGGUGGGUAAGUAACUUGGGACUGGCAGUGGUUAUAAUCGGGGAAAUCGUGAGGAAAACAGCUAUCAUUACAGCCGGUCAGGCCUUCACACAUCUUAUCAAGAUUUAUCAUGAGGAGCGCCACGAACUGAUUACUCAUGGAAUCUAUGGGCUCGUCCGACAUCCUGGAUACUGCGGUUUCUUCAUCUGGUCAGUUGGUACUCAGAUAAUGCUCUGUAAUCCCAUAUCAACAAUCGCAUUUGCUAUCGUUGUUUGGCGCUUCUUUGCGCAAAGGAUUCCAUAUGAAGAGUAUUUUUUGAGGCAAUUUUUUGGGUCACAGUAUGUAGAAUAUGCCCAACGAGUUCGCUCCGGGGUGCCCUUUGUGAACUGAUAAUCUAUAGAUUCUGUGGAUUGCAUUUAGCUUGCCGCCUCAUCAUUGUUAACAAGUUUUUAAUUUAGUCUUCACGAAGCAACAAGAAACUACUUUGAAGCUGAACUGAUCAAUGGCUUGCAGGAAUGGCCAAGUUAUCCACUCCCAUUAUUGUCGCUUUAUAUUUGCUGGUAUUCUCAAUCUUGGUUCUUGUUAUGGUUCAUAUUGGGAGAGAAAAUCUGAUUAGAAAUUCACCAAACGGCAAUAGAGUUUAUGUUAGUGGAAGAAGUUCUAUUCAAUCCACAGCGUUGUUGUAUUAGGUUGGAACGAGGGUUAUCUUCGUACCUCAUUGCUAUUUAUUUACAUCCUUCAUAGAUUCUUUUUAAUUAAUUGACAUUAAUCAAUUACCUACAACUUGUAUA